AACUAAUUCCCAUUGCUUGAGGCAGUGGGAAAGGCAAUAAAAGAGAGUGAGUGAGGAGAGAAGAAGAAAAAAACCGCAGAGAAUAACAGGUCGACGAUUAAGCGAACUGGAUUCAUCGACCGAGUCAUAUUAACAACCUCACCAAUAAAUAUUUUCGAACUUUAUCUCAUCUACUAUUCGCGCUCCCUAUUUGUCCGACUCCUCAUUUUCAGGGGAGUCCAGCACCAGCAAUCUGGCUUUCGGACAAACUUCUCCAUCCUUUUUAGCUGGGGAUUCAGCGGGAUUCCGGCAAAUCCCUUCUAAUCAAUCAUUUCAUUCUCCAGAACAAGAAUACGCUCAGUACUCGCAAGCGCAGUAUCCUCAGCAGUACAUGGGUCGUCGUGACGCCACGAUGGCCGCAAAUAAGAGUAAUCGGGCCAGCAGCCUAGCAAAAUCUACUGGCGAGAUAUUUACUAGAAAAUGGCCCCGAUUAUUCUUCUUCGUCGCCGCUGUGCAAGCCGUCAUCGUAAUCGUAUUCGAAGCAUACGCUUUUGCCCAAUUUCAAACGGGCCUUAGACACAUGAACGGUAUAUCAGACUGGGGUUCGGCAGAUCAUUUGGAAGAUGGCUCAGCUCAAAUCAAGACCAUCCCGACCUUCCUCGGUUUGCUAAUUCUUGGUUUCCUAUACGAUGUCGUGUUGGCUUGGGAUGCGCUACGCCUCAAGAACACGAUUCAGGUCAUCGGUCUCUGCAUCGCCAAUCUUGCCCUUCUCAUCUAUAGCGCCCUCCAGAUUGACCAGAUCAACGAGGCCAUCAUUACGCUAAAGAGCUACAACGCCUUCCACGACCCUAACGUAUGGGAUGAAGUCCGAGGCGUUCUUAUCGCCAUGCCGUGCAUUAUCGCACUCUCUAGCAUUAUCCUAAGCUUCAUUGCUUGGAAGCUUUACCAGGAAUUUGCUUGGGAUAUCCUGAAGCAUAUAGGAGCUGACUACAGGAUGAAGAAGCGAUUCCUACAUUACCAGGUCUACAUUGCCCUCCUAAAAUUCGAUUUCUUCUUCUUUGUCGGUUUCACUAUCCAGUUCCUAGUCGUUGUCGGAGGAAAGACGUCCACCGAAUUCGCCUUAACCGCUGCUGCCAUCCCUAUUACCAUCGCCAUCCUUCUCUGCGCGGCACUGUUUACACGACGCGAAUGGAAGAUCGGCAUGAUUAUUAUCAUAAUCCUCUAUCUUGGCGGCCUGACGUACUUUAUUUACAAGCUCGAGCGAAUCUUCGAUCCCUACGAAUACAAGUACUAUCUACCCGUCCGCAAGUCUUUAACGACGUUUGCGGUACUCACUAUCGUCCUAAUCAUUCUCACCAUCGUCAACGCGCUGGUCUGUAUGUUCAAUUUCGGCGCCGGUCUCAAGCAGCACCUCAAUAGUCCCCGACAGGAGAUGGAUAAGGACCAGGUCAGCUAUUCCAUGCACGACGUCAAGCAGCCCCAGGUGCCGACCAGAAUGACAAUCGACUAGUCAUGAUGAGAUAUAGCAUAUAGGUGUACAAAGCGAUACGAUUAAACGACCUUCUAGUUUCGAGCAUUAUUUUCAUUUUCAGGUAUCCAAAGUGUUGCCGUUCUUCUCGUAAAAC